CUCCCCACGUGCGUGGUCUCCGCCACGGCGCCUCCAGCAUGGCCGCAGCUUGCAGCAACGGCCAGCCCGGGCCGGAGGCUCCUGCCCCGGCUGCGAUCUCGCACCCGGGCCGGCUCCUGGGGCAGAACCGGCAGUUCCUGGACUUCUUCUGGGACAUCGCCAAGCCCGACCAGGGGGUCCGCUUGGAGGCCACCGAGGGGCUGCUGAGCUACUUGCGGGAGAACCAGAAAGAUGAUGAGCUGUUGAAAUACACGCUGAAGCGCCUGAUCGAUGGAUUGGGAGCGACACGAGAGGCGGCCCGUCCGGGAUUCAGUUUGGCUUUGGCUCAGGUUCUGCAAGCUUUUGAGGAGAUCCCCCUCCUCACAGCCCUGGGACAGAUCAAAGAGAAAUAUCACCUCGGCAGAGUAAAGAAGAAGCUCUUCAGAAAUGCUCUGUUUGGAAACUUUUUUGGGGUGCUGGCUCUGUUCCAGUCCGGACGCCUUGCAAAGGACUCCAAGGCUCUCCUUGAGUGUGUCCAGCUUCUUCAGAGCCUUUCGGAGCACCACGCCCACCUGAAAGAUCUCCCGAGGAAGACAUUGGCCGACGUUGUCUCCGAGAUUCCUGAAACGGUGUUCGAAGAGGUCCUUUUCAACAUCUUGGAAGAUGACCUCACCUCAGCCUUCAGCACUCCAGGGCAGCUGUACCUCUUGCUGGUGGGCAUUCAGAGAUUCCCCAGAGUUCUCCGGCCAGAAAAACUGAAGGUCCUCCUGGGCUCAGCUGCUGUCGUCACAGCAGAAAACGUUCCCAAGCUGGUGGAGGUUUUGAAAAUGGCGGCCAAGUCUGAGAAGAAGGACCGAACUCUCCCAACGGUUGGGCUGGAUUUGAUGAAGGUCGCCCUGAAGGAAGGCACUUUUGAGCUGUUCUGGAAAGAAGCUGUGGAGAAGGGGUUGCUUAAAGAUAACGUCGGACCCUGCAGUUAUAUGUGCUAUCGGUUGCUGGGCAGUGCGCUCCCACUUCUGCCUCUUAGCCAGCUAAAGAUGGUUCUUCAAGGAGAAGUCAUGCGUCAAUAUGGAAUCCAUGUUGUGUCCAAUAAGCUGCCCGAUAGGUUUAAGUUUGCCCCGGAGAUGGAAGCCUACGUCAGCUCCUUCCUGGAGGGUUGCAGCGACGCCAAGAAGCAGCUGGCCGUGAUGGUUGGCUUCUCCACCCUCACCAACCAAGGCUACCCAGUCGUGCCCACCUUCUGGAGGGUGGUGCGGCAUUUGCUCCCCUCCGCGUUGCUGCAGUACAUUGCCUGGCUCCAGAACACGUUUCUCCACCCAGACCUGGGCGGCUGCGUGGAUUUUUCCACUAAGCGGCAGCAGCAGAACGAGAAGAAAACAGACGCCGACCUGACCGGGCACUGCGUUACACGGCUGAGGAAGUGGAUCAUUGCCCGUCUCAUUGGGAUAGUUGAAAAUCCACAGGUAAAGAGGGAAGAAGAGUUCGUCACCGGCGUAGCCAGGUUCUGCUUCUUCCACGCUUUUUUUGAAAUCAAGAAACCGACCCCCAAGAUUGCGGAGACCAAAGCCGCCCCGUCAGUGCCUCUGGAUAAGCUGUCUCGGGCAGUCGCCGCAGACUCGUUUUUCAGUUUGCUUCAGCACUUGAACACGAUGCCUGCCCUGGGGGACUCGGCCCAAGCGGAAGACAUGAGGAAGAAGCAUCAGCACGGCUUGGCCACCAGCGGAGACCCAUGGAUCUAUCUUGCCGUCCAGUAUGCCAAUCAGCUGCUUUCUCGCCCGGAGCAUGUCCGGGCGGUGGUGCCAUUCAGCGAAGAGGAACAACUCUCCUGGGACCAGAUGCUGCAGACGGUGGAAGCCUUGCGGGGGACACAGCAGAAGGACCACAGUUUGAAGACCGCCGCCUUCCAACACCUGCUUCUCCUAGUCGGCAUUCACCUUUUCAAGUCUCCUUCGGAGUGUGUGAACCUCCUAAAUGACCUGCAGAACUGCACCCAGAGGGCCUUUGGCGAGAAACCCAAGAAGAAGAAGAAGGUGGUCCCAGCUGGUGGCGAAGAGGAGCCCAGCUGGGUGGAAGUGAUUGUAGAAGUUCUGCUCUCCCUUCUCGCCCAGUCCAGUGGAUUGAUCCGACGGGUUUGCAAGAGCGUUUUUGGCCUCGUGUGCCAGCACAUGACGCGGGGCGCCCUGCAGCUCGUCUUGGACGUCCUUGACCCGCAGCGAGACCAGGAUGAAGAAAGCGCUGUUGUCGUGAUGGAAGAAACUCAGAAGCAGAAGAAGAAAUCUUUGCCGGAGAAAGCGAGCAAAGACGACGACAGCAGUGGGAGUUCUUCUUGCGAAGACAGCUCUGAAGAAAGCGACAGCGAGAGCGACCCGGAAGGGAUGGACGUUCAGGAGACGGAGAGCGAGGGCGACGCGGACGAGAAUUUCCGUGCCAUGUUGAGGAACGUUUUGCAAGCCAAGAACGCUCUGGAUGGAGACGUCAGCGAUGAAGACGUUGAUGACGAGACCAUGAUGUCCCUCGAUGAAAACCUGUCGGCCCUCUUUGCUGAGCAACAGAAGCGCAUCCAGGCCAAGAAGGACGAGAAAGAAAAAAUCCGGAAGGAGAAAAUCUUACGCCGGGAAUUCAAAAUUAAGGUCCUGGAUUUGGUCGAGGUAUUUCUGACCAAGCAGGCGGAGAACCCGCUCGUCUUCAGCGUCAUCGAUCCCCUCCUCUCUGUGAUCGAGCAGAGCAUGAGCUCAGAGUCCAACAAGCAAGAACAAGAUUACCUCCGGAAGACCGCGGAUAUCUUCACCAAUGCUUUAUGCAGAUCCAAGCAGUACUGCAAAAAUGUGGCCCCCAUCUGCGAGCAGCUGCACGCCCAGCUCGAAAGCCUGGUAAAGAGAGCUUCCAAGCAGAGCGACUCCUCGGUAGCCCUCUACUGCUUCAGUGCGUCUCUGUACCUCUUCCGAGUGUUGAGGGGAAAUGCCGGUGCUGGCGAAGUGACGCAGCCGAAAAAGAAGCUCAAGAGCAGUGAAGGAAGCGAUGCGCCCGCUGGUCAGCCCCCUGCUAUCGGCAGCGUGGACCUGGCGCGGGUGACCACUGUGUACGAGGAGGCUUUGAACUCGUUUCUGACUAAACGCAAGAGCCCGCUGACAGGAUCCAUGUUUCUCGACCUCUUUGAGCGCCACCCGGUCAUGUGCAAGCAACUCAUUGACACGGUUGUAAAGUCCAUCACAGAAGGGGCCCGACAGCACCAACAGACCCAGGCGUGCAUGCUUCUCCAGAAAGUUCUGCAGGCCCGAGAUUUCAGACUCUUGUUGUCUGAAAAAGAAUGGGAGGACUUGAUUAGAGAGAGUACCAGCCAAGUUGCAGAGACUUUAAAGACAGCGGGUGAGUUCAAGGUCAAAGUGGACCAAGAGAAGGUCAUCAAAUGUCUGGAGCUGCUGAACUACCUCAUCAGGACGGUGAUCAAACAGGAGCUGAGUGUGGAUCUGGUCGAGCUGCGUGGCGUACUCCAGGUGUUGGGUCAACACGAAGUCUUUAGGAAGUCCACACGACUGGAUGAUCACUUCUGGAACGUCAUGAAACUCCUGGGCUUCACGCGGCCUGCCAAGGUGAAGGCCCCAUCCCAGCCGAAGGUCCCAACUGAAGCUGAACCCCUGAAGCGGAAGAAAAAGGGUUUCCUACCAGCCACCAAGAUACGCAAGAACCGCAAGAAGGUUCCGCCUGGGCAGACCCAGGAGACCAGCGCUGAGAGCAAAGAAGCCGUCACAGGGGCCGCUGACGCCACCCCUGUGGGGAAGAAGCGGAAAAGGAAGAAGAAGAACAAGAACCGAGCAGGAGGAGGAGGAGGAGGGGAGAGCCACGGAGCGGAGCGUGGUCCUCCAGCGAAGAAGGCCACGCGGCCACCGGGCGAUGCCAAAGAGGCAUCUGACACACAGCAAGGCAAGAAGAGGAGGAGGAAGAAAAAGGGAAAGGCAGAGACUCAAUUUGCGAAGAGCGGAAGUGACUGAGCAUUGGGCAGGGGCUGAUUUUAUAAAUGUACAGAGUCCGUGUUUUGCACCGUUUGGUUUUAAUCGUUUAUCUACGUUGCUGAGCGUAGGUGUGCAGGGAUUUCUGCUUUUUGAUUCAGGCCCCAGAAUUAGAAUUACAGGGCAAAUAUCCCCCUGUGUCAUUCCGUUCGUGCCAGUGGCGCUGAAAUAGCGGAACCUUCAUCCCACCCGUCAGGCUUGCACAAGCAGGCAUGCAAGCGCUUGUGCAUUUUGCUUGUGCAACCCGUUGUGCAAGUGUAACAACGGGCAACCGCUUGGGCGAGAGAAAGCUUCGGCGAGCGCUGUUUGAGUUUGCAGAAUGACACGGUUGGAUUCUGCCCCUUGUAGUAUACUACUACUGGUAGUACCAAAGUACUACAGGUAGUACUAAAGUACUUGUGAUUCUUCCUCUGUGCUCCAGAGCAAGUAGCCUUGGAACACUAAAGGGUUAACACACACAGGGGGGGAAAACACACCCCAAAGAGGCAGAACACACACAGGGGGGAAAAACACACCCCAAAGAGGCAAAACACACACAGGGGGGAAAAAACACACCCCAAAGAGGCAAAACACACACAGGGGGAAAAAAAAAACACCCCAAAGAGCCAAAACACAAACACUGCCACAUUCUGGUUUUGUAGCAAAACAACAUCUUCUAUUUGAUGCUGAUCAGCUAAUGCACAACCUACUUACUGAACACAUUUCUACUUUUGGACAACUCCCAGAUUAAUAAUGAAACCUCUUCAAUUAAAUAUGCUGAUCUUUUAAUUACAGAAGGCUGCAAGUUAUUUUAUGGUUGGAUCUAUGAAGUUUUUGAUACAAUAUUUAUAGUAUCAAUUAUUUUGCUACUCCCUAGAGACAAAUGU